AUGAUCAUUGUGAAUUUACGUGCGCUCACUCAGCCGGUGGGCAUCAUGAGAAUAAUGGCGGCCCUGCUCACCUGCAUGUCUUUCAGCCUGGUGGCAUCAGUCGGACAUCGAGACUCUCCGUACUGGGCGUGGUGCAUGUUCACCUGGUGUUUCUGCUGCUUCUUCACGCUCCUCAUCCUCAUCCUGGAGUUCACCACCAUCUCCACGAAACUCCCCUUCGCCUGGGAGGAUUUCACCAACGCCUUUGCUAUGUUGGCCGGCCUCAUGUGCUUUUCGGCCUCCAUCAUCUACCCCACCUUCUUCACCUGCAGUAACUGCCAUCGACAGAUCGGAGCGUCCGUGGUAUCCUGGGUGUGCUUCGCCGUGUACGCAGGAGAGGUCGUGUUCACUCGGCUCCGUCCGAGCGGGGAGCACAUCGGCUUCCUCUCCACGCUGCCGGGGAUAAUGAAGAUGCUGGAGACGUUCCUCGCCUGUCUCAUCUUCACGUCACUGGAGGCGGGACAGUACUCGACCUCCCCUGGGCUGCAGUGGUGCAUCGCCGUGUUCUCCUUGUGCUUCAUCUUUAACGUCGUCAUCAUCCUGCUCAGCAUCGGACGGUACACCUCCUACAUUCCUGUCUCUUUUGACCACAUUGUGAUCGUUUAUAACAUUUUAGCAGCAGUGAUGUACCUGACAGCGAUGGUGAUCUGGCCGCUUUACAGUUUCAAAACAGCGAGACCAAGCGACUGUGGCCGGCUCUGUUCGUGGGACAAACUGGUGGUGGUCACCCUCAUGACUAUUUUCAACUUCAUUGUUUACACGCUGGACUGUGCGUACGCCAUACGACUAGUUUUCUGUGUCAGGAACCAAUGA